GCAAGGCUCUUGGAUGUAUGUAGCAUAGCCAAAGAUUUCCUGCUUCAAUCAAAGGAAAGCUUGCAAGAGCUUCAGUCAGUCAUCCGUAGAAGGAGAGGUUCAAAAAAUGGACUUGCGAUUGCGGUUGGCGAAUACUUGGCUUCUAGGAAGAAGAUGAAGAAGGCAAUUUGUAAGGUCUUGGGAAGUUUCAGAGGAAGAAAAAUGGAUCUCAUAGUUUCUUCUCCAAACAAAGAAAAUGACAUGCUUAGCAUGCUAAAUGAAGCAGAAGCAGUCACCAUGAGCACAUUAGAAUCUUUGGUGUGCUUCAUUUCUGGUACAAAGGGACACUUAAAACAGAACAGAUGGUCAGCAAUCUCCAAGCUGAUGCAGCCAAAAAGAGUUUCUUGUGACUCUCAAGAAAUUGGCACAAAUGAAUUGGAGAAGGUAGAUGAAGCUUUGAAAUCCCUCGUCAGUCAAAACAAUCUUCAAGGCGAUUUGGAAAAUUUGGAGAUGUGCAUUCAAGAUCUAGAAAGAGGAGUUGAAUGCCUUUCAAGAAAACUUAUUAGAACUAGAGUUUCUCUUCUCAACAUCUUCAACAACUAG